UUUCCCUUGUACAUGAACCCCAGACACCCUUGUUUUGAUCUCUCUCUAAGCAUACAACACUUGCAAAACACACAACAAACCCUACCAUUUUCUUGAUAAAAUCUUUGUCACAAUGGUUAACAAAGGCGUCGGCUUAUUUGUCUGUGUUAUUGUUAUUGUGUUAGAUAUAAUUGCAGGUAUUCUUGGUGUGAAAGCGGAAGCAGCACAAAAUCAGGAGAAGCACUUGAGGUUGUGGUUGUUUGAGUGCAAAGAACCAAGCCAAGAAGCAUUUAGGCUAGGUUGUGGUGCAAUUUUGUUGUUGAUUGUAGCUCAUGUGUUGGCUAACUUGCUAAAUGGUUGCACCCCUUGUAGUCAGGAUGAGACCCAUAAAGCUUCUCUGGGGAGACAGUUGUCAUUGCUAUCCCUCUUCUUUACAUGGGUAAUUGCAGCCGUUGGAUUGGGGCUGCUGGUGAUCGGGAUGAAAGCAAAUCACAAAUCGAAUGCUUCUUGUGGACUCUCGCAUCACCGUUUCCUUUCUAUGGGAGGGAUAUUGUGUUUCGUUCAUUUACUCUUUUCUACCUUUUAUUACGUUACUGCCACUGCUUCAGCCCACUGAAAAGUCAAAAAGAUGAAAUGUUUUAUUGACUUUACAUUGCCAAAUGCCAAUCAAUGUGUUCUGCUUUUACACAUCCCCUAUCCUGCUUUCGUGGACCUUUUUGUCAUUCUGCCAAUUCCCUAAUUUACCCCUGUUGUUUAGAUGUAUUUCAACUUUUAGUUUUUCAAGGAGUAACUACACUUUCACUCGUUAA